AAACAUAUCAGAUACCACUUUACAUACGUCGUUCAAUUUGUAUUGCUUUGAAUUGCCUUUCAAAUAUUUUUUGCAAAUACUGCUGAUUAAUUCUUAAAAAUGUCUGUUAUUGUAGUAGAAAAUAAAGAUGAAGUUAUAACGAGGUUGUGUAAAUUAAUUGAAACUACAGCAGUACAUAGUAUUGAAGAAAAUGGAACUUUUAAUAUUGGUGUAUCAGGGGGAUCUUUAGCUCCAUUUUUGACUACUGGUUUGCCUAAUAUCAAAACAGAUUUUAGCAAUUGGAGAAUAUUUUUUUGUGAUGAAAGAUUGGUUCCUGUAGAUAGCCCCGAUUCAACAUUUGGUCUUUAUAAGUCUAAAUUAAUUGAUUCUAAGGUUGUUCCAUUAAAAGAAGAACAGUUUAUAACAAUAAAACAAGGCGUUCAAGCUGAAGAGGCAGCUGUAGAUUAUGCUCAGAAGAUGCAAAAAUAUUUUCCAAAUAGUAUCUUACCUAGAUUUGACAUGCUACUUUUGGGUAUGGGUCCUGAUGGCCAUACUUGUUCUCUUUUCCCAGGACAUAGUCUUUUAAAUGAAACAAGUAAAUGGGUAGCGUUUUUAACAGAUUCUCCAAAACCUCCACCAAGUAGAAUUACAUUAACAUUCCCGGUAAUUAAUAAUGCAAAAAUGUGUGUUUUUGCUAUUAGCGGAAAGGAGAAGGCUGAUAUGGUUAAGAGAAUUCUUGUAGAUAAGGAAGACCUUCCGUCUGCCAGAGUAAAACCAACAUCGGGGGAUUUAUAUUGGAUUCUAGAUAGGGAAGCAGGUGUACAUGUAAAUACAAAAUUAUAAUCAUAAUUUUAUUUUAUAUUUUUUAUAAAUACAUUGGUAGUGUAAUAAAUACCAUAUUAUUAAAAUAUUAAGUACAUCACAUCUUUCUUCCAUACUUCCAAAUAUAUUUUAUAUCUAUAUUUGCCCAACUUCA